CUGGCCAACUCCAUCGUGACUAUGAUCGUUUCAAGCAACUCUAGGGUCAAAUCCAAAUGACACAGCUGAUUUUUAUGGCCAAAAUAUUUAAAACGGCGGGCUGCAACCAAAGAUGCAAGCUGGUUUCAUACUUGACCAUCUAACAUUGCUAUGUCGAGUCAUUCAAUCCCCAUUGUUGAUUUCGCUCCGUUCUUAGACGGAUCUGCGAAACAGCAGGUUGCAGAUCAGCUCCUCGGGUCCUUCAAAUCGUAUGGACUCGUCUACAUCACGAAUUUCGGCAUUCCGGCGGGAGAGGUCCAAGAGAUGUUUGAUUGGUCGAAGCGCUUUUUUGCCCUUCCGCACGAAACCAAAAUGCUCGCACCUCGUCCAGACUCUGGAAGGCAUCAUCGAGGUUACGCCUUCCCCGACCGGGAGAAAGUUUUUCAACUCUUGGAUUCCGGAGAUUCUGCCACUGAGGCUGACAUAUCACUCCCAAGCGUGAAAGAGUCGUUCGACAUCGGGCGUGAGGACGAUGACUUGAUGCCAACCAUCUGGCCGCCCGAUCACAUCCUCCCCGGCUUCAAGGAAUCAUGUUUGGCGUUCUAUUGGAAAUGCCACGAGGUUGAGAAGAACGUCCUUCGCGCGCUCGCGCUGGGUUUUGGCUUGGAGGAGGAGUGGCUUGUGAGGUAUCAUAGGAUGCCCGAUAAUGGGUUGAGACUGCAACACUAUCCCAGCGUCGCCCUCGAAUCUGUCCUUACGAACAAAGUUGCACGAAUCUCGAAUCAUACAGAUUUUGCUACGCUUACAAUCCUCUUUCAAGACAACGUGGGGGGCCUGGAAGCCGAGGAUCCGAAUGAGUCUGGGAGGUUUUUGGCGGUACCCUCAAUUCCGAACUCGAUCAUUGUUAAUGCAGCGGAUUUCUUGCGGCGAUGGUCGAACGACACGAUACGGAGCCCGAUGCAUGGCGUCCGCGCACCGCCGGAUGCGGUAGCGAAGGAUGGUAUGCUUCCAGAUCGAUAUUCUAUCCCCUACUUCUGUGCUGCCGACUUUUCCACAGUCGUUGAUACGAUCCCUGGUACGUGGUCAGCAGAUUAUCCCAAGAAGUAUGAGCCCGUGUCGGUGGGAGAGUAUGUCAUGAAGCGGCUUUACGAUGGUUAUUAAAGCUGGCGAAAGGUGCUAUGGGUUGACAUAAGUAUGAGCUUGUCAACU